AUGAAGAAGGAGACGAUAGAAGAUGUGGUGAUCAUAGGAGGUUUAGUAAUGGUGCAAUUUGUAUACGCAGGCAACUCUUUGCUCAUGAGUUAUUUGAUGUCACUCGGUCUUGGCCCUUUGACCAUUGUCAUCUUCUCUACCUUUGCCACUUUCUUUAUCCUCUCCCCUUUUGCCAUUCUCUUCGAAAGGAAGCAGUGGCCAGAUGAACUCAGCUCGAGGUUUAUUGGUAAACUAGUUUUGAUCUCCUUUUUAGGGGUUACUCUGUUCCAAACUCUGUUUCUUGAAGGAAUAAGGUUGACAUCACCAGCAUUAGCCACAGCGAUGCCUAACCUCGCUCCUGGUCUUAUUUUUUUCAUUGCUUGGAUGGUUAGGUUAGAGAAGAUGAAUAUGAAAUGUCUGUACAGCAAACUGAAGAUCUUAGGGACAUUGUUGUGCGUAUUCGGCGCGUUAACAAUGAGCUUAAUGCACAGCGCUUCGAUCAUAAACGAUGAAAAAGAUAAUGCUUCAAUAUUCGUGGUUGAUCGCGAUAGAGUCGUGGGAUGCAUGUACCUUCUCGGAGCUGUCUUUGUCUUAUCCUCCAACGUCGUUCUUCAGGCUUCGACAUUGGCAGAGUUUCCUGCACCAAUAUCGUUAAGUGCAAUAACGGCAUUGAUAGGAGUAGUAAUAACAACAAUGGUACAGUUAUUACAAAACCCGAACACUAAAGUAGUCACAACAUCAUUAGUUAGCAUCAGUAACCUUGUCGGUUUUUCUCUUCUGGGAGGGAUGGUGAGUGGAGCAUGUGUUAGUUUCAAUGGAUGGGCGAUGAAGAAACGUGGACCGGUUAUGGUAUCAAUGUUUAGUCCUAUCGCAACCGUUAUUUCGGUUGGUUUCUCCGUUGUUACAUUAGGAGAACCCGUUAGAAUUGGAAGUGUGGGAGGAAUGGCGUUGAUGUUUAUAGGACUGUACCUUGUGUUGUGGGCUAAAGGCAAAGAAGGUUUAUCACAGAUUGAUAGUUUUGAGAGUGAGUAUGACCCUAAGAAGCCUCUCUUGUCUUGA